AUGGCUGAUAUCAAACCAAACCACACGAUUUACAUCAACAACCUCAGCGAUCGAGUGAAAAAAGAUGGUUUGAAGAAAACUAAAAAAAAGCUUGAGUUUUUUAAAAUGUUCAGAGCUCAAAAAGUCGCUUCAUAUGAUUUUCACGCAAUUUGGCGAGAUCAUCGCCGUAAUGUCGUUCCGGACGGAUAAAAUGCGUGGCCAAGCUCAUGUCGUCUUCAAAGAGGUUUUUUUUGUAAAUAAGCUGUUUUUAUUAUUUUUCUGUGUUCACACGAUUUCCAAAUUGACGUUUCUUAUACUCAUUUAAAUUCAUUACGCGAAGUAUGCAAAUUUUUGAAUUUCUUUUGAAAAAGUUGGGUUCUAAACGAGACUUUUAAGCGAAUUCAAAACUUGUGUAGUUACUUGAGCAUUUUUUGUACAUAAACGAACACGACGUAACUAAAAAAAAUUACAGGUAUCUUCCGCUUCCAACGCUAUGCGCGCCAUGCAGGGAUUCCCAUUCUACGAAAAGCCUUUGGUAAUUUUUAUCACGAAAAAUAUAAUAAUAAAUACCUUUUUUUUCAGAGAAUCCAAUACGCCAAGGAAGAUUCUGACGUGAUUUCCAAAGCCAAGGGAACUUUUGUCGAACGGUCACAGAAGUCGAAAAAUGCUAUGAAAAGAAAGCGGGUACGGUUUUCUAUGUGGUGAAUGGUCGAGUCCCGAAGUUGAACAAUAAUUUUUUGAAUUUUUAAGCGAAUUUUUACUUUGAAAAUAAGAAUAUAAGAUUUUUUUUCAAUCUCAAAGGCUUCUUCUUUUUUUAUUUUUUUUGCCUCAUUCUCCUCAAAAAGAACGUUUAAAAAAAUACGCUGGGCCUUCUCUUGAGUUUUUUUUUCAGAUCAGUCUUUGGGUUUUCUGUUUCUUAUUAUUCUAGGAAAAAUCUGUGUAUGUGUUUUUUUUUUGAGAGUGUUUUUAGACUUUUUUUGGACUUCAUGAUGAAGUUUGCUCGGAUAAAUAGGACUAAAUUUUGCAGCCGGCCGGACGGAAAGACGGCGACGAUGGCCAUGCGGCACCCAAUAAAAUCCUGUACCUCUCCAAUUUACCUGAAGACGUCAGCACGGACACCAUCCAAGUUAUUUUCAACCAGUACGUUUUGGAUGAUUUAUUUAUUUCAAAGAAAUUUUCACUUUUCUGGCUAUGCUCAUAGUAAAGUUCCGUAAAAUCGGCUUUCACGUGAGCAAAAAGAAGAAGAAAACCUUUCUUGAAUAACGAAAUUUCCCUACUGAAGUUUGAAAUGAUUCGUAGAAAAUUUAACUUGUUUUUGUUUCAAAUUAGGCGCCAAGGUGUUUUUUUAUUUAGGAAGGAAGUUUUCAUAUUUUUUUGAUUUGAGCUAGGCGAAAUUUAUCUUAUAAGAGAAGCUUUAAUGUCGUCGAAAUUCACAUUUUUUUCUGAAUUAAAAUUGUGUAGUUCAUAUUGCAAAGCAUCAUAGAACUAUUGAAAAGAAAAAAUCGCAGUUUUUAGUAGUUAAAUUCGGAAUCAGGGUGUUCGAAAGUACUUUUCAGCCGAUUUCCUCCGAUUUAUUAUCUUUUUGAAGUUCCCUUUUGAGGCCUUCUCAAGUUAUCACUUUUCUUUCUAUCUAAUAAAAUUUGCGGGUCUGAAUACAUAUGGACUUUGUGUGUUCCAAAGUACAUCUCAGCCAAUUUUUAUUGGGUUCUUAACCUUUUGAACUUUCCUCAUGAUGCUUUCACUAGCUUUCACUUUUUUUUUCCAAAACUUUCAAGCUUGAACUGAAAUUCCAGAUUCCCUGGCCUGAAAGACGUUCGAUUAGUCCCAAAUAGUGCGGGAAUCGCUUUCGUCGAGUUCGAGAACGAAGAACUCGCCGAACCGGCGCGCGAAGCUCUCGACAACUUCAAAAUCACGCCCGACAUGCAGAUGAAAGUCGACUUUGCCAAAAAAUAA